CGACUUAUAAAAAGACUGCACCCAAAUCGCGAAGUCUAAUAGCCAUUGAAGGGACGGAGAAUUUCGAACGUCUUUCUCCGGUAGACUUGGGAUUGUUCGCCGACGGCCAUAGGCCCACUCUCCCUUCAUUUAACGGCUCCCACCAUUGCUGUCGCAGCCAUUUCUGUCCUCCGAUUAUUGAAGAGCUCCGAACCCUUCCUCCCUCGCUCCAGCAUUCGAGUUUCGUCCUCUGCACAUGAGCUCUACUGCUGAAGAGGAUAACGUUACCGAUCCUAAUUUCCCUCCGGCUGCAUGAGUUGGCAGGACCUCUGUCACUACAGUUAUUCUUUCAAGUGAGACUGCCUGGCGUAUUUGCUGAGGUUGAAGGAGCUCCAGCUCUUCUUGGUUUGUCUAUGGUCCAAUUUGCUCUCUCGGAAUCACUCGCCCCCAAUGUCCGCCUCGUCUCUGCAGCCAACGGUGCGGCGGUUGUAUCAUUGCUGCCACAUCGAAUUCGCUAUCGCGUCGAUGCUCGUCGUUGGCUGACUCCUAGUUUCCCUUCUCCUGCUUCGUGCAGGAUUAGGAAGUUUCAUUCUAGGUGUUCGAAUGUGAAUUCUGAUGUCCAGUUCAACCAUGUCGUGGCUGAUGAUGAGUUCUUCCCCAGCGAGGGUUCUUCGAUUCAGGGAGAUUUCUUGGCCCCAGUUGUACAGCAUAAUACUGGGAUUCUCGAGACUCCAAGCUUUGGAUUGUUGGUUUUAUCCGAGGAAGAGAAGAAUGCUCUAGCAGCCACCCCGGCUCAUCCGCCUGGAUUAUACGAUGUGGUUGUUUUGUCUCCAGUAUUUUAUGCCAAUGUAGUAACUGGGAACGUUGUGGAACGGUUAUGGGAGUUUACUUGGCCUUCUACUAUCGCUCUGCUUUUUCCGAACCUUCUACCAGUGGCGGUCAUGGGUUUCUUUGCUAAGUGGGCUGUACUUGUUGGGGGUCUUCUGCUUGGAAAUUUUUUGUACUAUUAUCCCAGAGUACCUGCAUAUAUUAGUCUGAAUGUGAUCCAGGCAGCUGCUCAGGUACUGUCUGCUAUGAUGAUAAUUCAUGAUCACACAGUGGCUACAACUUCCUCGUCUUCUGUUGUUCUCGGUCCAUGGUUUGUUGUGCUGGUUUUGGCUGGAAGUAUUGAAAAGCUAUGUGGGGUACCAUUGGGAAUUGCUAAUGGACGUGAUUGGGUUGUGCAGCUAGCUGUGACAAGUAAGCCCAUUGCACUUGCACAAGCAAAUGCUGUUCUUAGUAGGAUCGACAUGCUUGCAGAGGUAUUCCCUGGAUUUGUAGCAUAUAGCUGGCGCGUCAAUGUUUGGGGUUCUUCUUUCCAAGUAUGGUCCAGUGAUGUGCCUGAAAUUUUCUUAUACUUUGAUGAUCGGUUCACUGCUAGUGAUGUGGAUAAAUGUUUGGAAACCAUCAAGCUUAGUUGGAAGGAAUAUAUUCAGCAGCCAGUUCUCCCUAUUAGCAUUGCGUAUGUGCUACUGUUUUUUAAUGUCGUACUUGGUCCUACUUGUUUGAUGACGGGUUUUUUUUACUCAGAGAGGAGUGAGUCCUUCGACAAUUGGGGGUUUCACUGGACUCUGUGCAGCCAUGGGGCUUGUGGCAACAUUCCUUGCAGCCAAUUUUGUCAAGCGACUAGGCAUUUUAAAGGCUGUAGCUUUUGGAUUCAUAUUCCAGGCUUCAUUCCUUCUCAUGGUUGUUACAGUUUAUUGGAGUGGAUCUCUCUCCCACCAGAGUCCUAUCAUUUUCUUCUUGGGCUUAAUUGUGAGUUCUUCCAACCAUAUGUUUGUAGUAGUUUAUUGGGUGUCAAAUGUCUAAAUGGUCUCUGAAGUAUGGGUUUGUAACAAAAUGGUCCCCGAACUAACAAUUCUAGCAAAAUGCUACCUGAACUUAGUGAAUUGGGAAGAAAACCUUCAUCUUGUUGUAUUCCGUCUAUUCUCGCAUCAGUUCAUGUGAGUUGACAUGCCAACUAGAAUCACCUUGUCACCAAAAUCACUCAAUCACCACCCCACAUGCUCGUUAAACUAAACCCUUCCCAAGUCCAGAGUCAUUUGGAUCUCGAGUUCGUGUUUUUGUUGCUCCCACAUGUGAGUCGGUUUGUAUGUGUGGCUGAGGGUCUGGUCAGGUGUGUGAAUGAGGUUAUGAGCAGACAAUUUUGGUGGCAUAGUGAGCCUAUUUGACACGUUGUGUCCAGAUUUGACCGAAUAACUGUUUCAUUACAAAAUUGCAAGUGUCAAGAUUGAGUUGGAUCUCAGGUCGUGGUCUGUAUGUUGGUUGGGAGUCAGUUUUGCGUGGCUGCGGUAAAAAGGGUUGGAUCGAUGGAUGUGUAGCAUAGGGUGCUGAUCAGGCAAUUUUAGUGACAUAGCUAUCCUAUAUGACAUGUUGACUCAAAUAAGCUAAUACCAGAUGAGAUGGAAUGACUGUUGCAUAAUAAAUUUAUUUAGUUUGCGUGUUGUUCAACUUUUCAGUUCAGUCAUUGCAUCUAACCUGACAGAUUCGAGUUAGUGGCAGAACUAGGGAUAUUGUUUCAACAGAACCUAAAUAUCAUCCGUUGAAGAUUGAACCAAGUUGUAUGUUUCCAGGCACUAUCAAGGUUGGGAUACAUGUCGAUUGUAGUCGCAGGGGCACAAAUUCUCCAGACAGGGAUCCCAUCAUCGGAAGCAAACCUGAUAGGGAUAACUGAGGCAUUGGUCGCUAGCUUGGCAGAGUCAUUAAUGCUUGGAGUAGCAAUAGUAGCGAACGACGCUUCCCAUUAUGGCACGCUGGCCUUGCUCUCGGUGACAGCAGUAGUUGGUUCGGCUUGGAUUUUCUGUAGAUGGGCAAUUAAUCCGACUCCUGAACAAGGCGGCUCUUCUCUUCUAACCCCACUCCUUGAUGCCUGAAACAGAAAACGUAAGUAUAUAACGCCAUUGCUUGUUCAAAUACUGGGAAGAAAGCACCCUCGAUUCAUUUGUAGACACCUCACAUUCUUUGCUCUCACGAUGAUUUACGAUAAGGGCUGAAUUCUGAUAACUCGAAUUGUUGAAUGUAGUUUAUACAAGCAAGUUAGCUUCUUCGGUGGAAGCUCGAGUGUAGAAUAGUGACAGAGCUAGCUAGCUAGCAGCAUUUAAGCUUAGUUUUUGUACAGCAGAGUAGAGCAAUUCAAGCAGUCAUUGAUUCUAAGAUUCUAACCCGCAUCAGUUUUUUUCUCCCUCUUCCCAGGAACAAUUCGGUUUCGAUUGUUGUGUUUAAGAGCGAAAGUUUCAAUGUAGGAUGUGCAGUUGUUU